AAACACGCUAAUUCCGAAUGAGAAGCUGACUAUUCACAAAUUACAACCGACGGAUUCACCACGCAAGCGCUAUAUCUACCUCUUCCCGUCUACUGGCGUCAUCUUCGAUCUUAUUGUCUCCUCUUUUAUUUUCUAGGCAGAAUUUCAAACCCCAAAUAUCCUUCCCCAUUGGAUGAGGGGACACCCACUAUAGCAGAAUGUACACUGUUCUUUAUCUCCUCAGUCUCGCGCAACCCACCCUAUCACUAUGGCCAAGCGCCUACGACAAGGACACACGCUCCGGCGCGACAGUUGAUUCUGAUCUCGCCCCGCGCCCGACAGAUGCACCGUUACAAAGAAGACAGGGAACCGUGACCGAGCAUAUUCCCGACAAUGUCUGUGGAUGGUUUCAGGGGGGCGAUUAUUCUGACAGUUACACACUCUCCCCCUCCUGCCACUGGAACAGCGACAAGAAAAUCGUCGGGGAUGAUCGCUAUACAGACUGUCUUGGGUUUUAUGUUGCAACGGCAUCCCUUCCCUCCGACUUCCUUACAUGUUCCGACCCCAACAAUGCCUACUGCGUAUCCUUCGUCUACCCCUCCGGCUAUAGCGGCUUUGGCUGUGCUACUCGUGACGCCCCUUUAACCCCGACGAUGGAAAUGACAUGGAGCGGCAUGGAUACCGCAAUCGCCUUUCCCACAUAUACAGGGAGGAACGGCGCCUCAAUAGGCACUCAGCUACCUAUGAAGACCACUACCGAAACGGGCCAUCUCUCAGGGACUUCUUCAAAUGAUCCAUCUGGCUCUAACUCCAAAUCGCCUACCCCAGUUGGCGCCAUUGUUGGAGGCGUUAUCGGGGGUCUUGCCGUGGUUGGCAUCGUUGUAGCCCUCGUAGUAUUCAUGGUUAUUCGCGCCUCCCGACGGAAACGAGACAAUCCCCCUGUACCUCCCAAUGGCCCACAGCAACCCGUUAUUGAACAGCACAUACCAGCCCUCAAUCCAGAGGACGGCAAAGAGGCUGCUCUUGUCUCAUAUAGCACGCCCCAGCAAGAUGCCACUCCGCCGUUUAUACAACAACAGAAUCAACCACCACCACCCCAUCCUCUUCCCCAACAGCCAGAGCUUCACAGUCAAGCGGUUCCCCCAGGGCUGCACGACCAAUAUAUCUACGAGGCACCGCAGUCAAACGUUGCUCCAGCACAACCAUCACAGCCGCAGCAACAGCAACAACAAUUCAUCGCAUCAAGCCUGACUGCUGGGCAUGCAAACAUUUACGAGGCGCCAUAGCACAGGAAAUAGCACACUAGUACGGGUGGAGACUGGAUAUAGCGCGACAGAUCAGGAUUGCCCAAGAACGGGAGAAUACCCGUGCCUUGAAUUUUCUCAAUGGUGAAGACGUGCAACGGCAGGUCCUUUACCAGGGAGAGCUUAUUGAGGUAUGAAAGUACAUAGCAGUUGUUCCUAGUUUAUUGUCAAGCUAUGGAAAAAGAGUACUUUUGGCCUGGGGUGGAUGCCAUAACCGUGCAAGAAGCACCUUCCAACAUGCAGUAGCCUAAUUUUAUAUUCCUUGAGAUGCACACUCCAGUAUACUUGAAUCGAA